UCUGUCAUUUAAUGUGAUUAUCGUGCUCGAUUUUAUCAGUUCAUCUCAAGUGUGUUUUGCGAUUUUUACAAUGAAUGAAAAGAUCGAACAAAGAAUUUGUCUCAAAUUUUGUAUUGCAAAUAGAAUUUCGUGUGCCGAAUCGCUGAAGAUGUUACAGAAGGCUUACGGUGAAUCGACUUUAUCAAAAACACGUGCAUAUGAAUGGUACAGUGCAUUGAAAAGCGGUCGAGAUGUGGUGAAAGAUUUGCCUCGCUCUGGUCGGCCAUCAACGUCUUCAACUGAAGUUAACAUCGAUAAAGUGAAGGAAAUGGUGAUUGAAAAUCGUCAUUUCAGUUUGAGAGAGAUAGCCGCUGAACUUACGGUGUCUCACGAAUCAAAUUCGUCGAAAAAGGCCAGAUUUGUGGAAAACAAACUCAUGGAUUUUGCACCAUGAUAAUGCACCAUCUCACAAGGCUAUCAUUGUGAACGAAUUUCUGA